AUGACAAAAGAAGACUACUUGAGGAAAAAGGAACAAAUACGAGAGACCUAUAGAUACGAUGAGAUGUCAAACAAAGUUUUAAAGCCAGACAAGUCCCUCAACACCGUGAGGACAAAGCCGCUAAAGGAUGCAGAGGAGUCACAACCAAGAUCCAUGAACGGAAGAAUCAGAGUAAAAGAGAUGGGCGAUUGUGCCCGGGAAGACACUCCACAAAGUUAUGCAGCCGGCGGGCAGCCUGAUGGAUCGAAAAAAAGGGAGAAGAGUCAACUGACUACGAUCAAGAAGAAUGCAUCUAAACGCCAUCGUUAUGCAAAAUCCUCGGUCUUGGAUUCAGAUCUGUCUUCAACGCUGAAAUACUCUCCAACCGAUGACGAGAACACUGAUGUAUAUGAGGAGAUUUUGAAAUGGACAACAGACAUACUAGGAAAUGAUAUUCCUCACGACAUCAUCUUAGGAACAGCGGAUUUACUUAUAAGUUCCCUGAAGGAGAGUGAGGAUGAAGCAGACGGACUAAUUGAGAAGAAAAGGGAAAGGUUGCAGAAAGAGUUAUCAAUUCUGAUAUCUGCCCAAAAAUUUCAAGCACUACUUAGACUAACUCAACGAAUUACAGAUUAUGGAGAGUCCAAGGAUGUACAUGGUGAAAAAAUUGUUGCAAUUUUAGCUGGUGAUUCCGAAGAUGACGCUCUACAUAACAGCGAGGAGGAUUUACCUUUGCAGGAUCCAGAAGGGGAUGAAUCAGACAGUUUAAGUGCACAAGACGAAAUUGAAUUCACAGAAAGUUUAAGUCACAAGGGAUUGCCGCCAGUUCUUGAUAAAAAUACUGUCAUUCAUUCAGGAGGUGAAACAGACGCGAUAAAUAGAGUAUCCAUUCUUGAAGUCGAUGAGUUUUUCCUGCGAAGGAAAAUUAUUCAGGCAAUGGAAAACAUUGAAUCAAGUUCAGUUCAGAGGAUAUCAGACGCAAUUUAUGAUUUAUUAGAGGAUGAAAAUACUGAUAAUAGAGCUUUAGGGGAAAAGCUUCUGGAAGUACUAGACGUCGAGCACCUCCAUCUGGUCAAAUAUAUUGUUUCGAACAGAGUUCCCAUUAUAUGGGGCAUACGUUUAUCAAAACGCCCUUCACAUGAGAGAGAGGAUCUUCUACGCGAAAUGCGUUCUCAAGGGCUUGAAACUUUCGUCAAUGAAUAUAAAGGAAACAAUAUUGAAGAUCACAAGAGGGAUUUAGAGGAUGCUUCACCUGAUUCUAAAGAAAGCGACGGAAAAAGGCGAAGACAGGAUAGUGGAUUGCCAGUCCCCGCCUUGGUUGAUCUAAGUGCCCUGGAGUUCGAACAAGGUGCAAAUUUAAUGACCGUGACGAAAGUUGAAUUACCGGAGGGCUCUUUCAAAAAGGUUAAUAAACUAUACGAAGAGAUACAUAUUCCACCACCUGACAAGCCCGAAGCUACUUAUGAUUUAAUUCCCAUAUCCGAAUUUCCUGAAUGGGCCAGAAAAGCAUUUGUAACAGGCGAAACUGAUACAUUAAACGUGAUUCAAUCUAAGGUAUUUCCAAUUGCCUUUCAAGAGGAUUCGAACAUGUUAAUUUGUGCUCCCACUGGUGCAGGAAAGACAAAUGUUGCUGUAAUGUCGAUACUACGAACUAUUUCGAAAUACUUCAACACAAGUACAAAAACGUUAAAUCUCAAAUUGUUUAAGAUUGUUUAUAUUGCCCCUUUGAAAGCAUUGGUUCAAGAACAAGUUCGAGAGCUUCAGAGAAGAUUGGCAUAUCUUGGUGUUAAGGUGGAAGAAUUAACAGGUGAUUCAAAUUUGAGCAAGCAGCAAAUCGCCGAAACCCAAAUUUUGGUGUCGACCCCUGAAAAAUGGGAUAUAAUUAGCAGGAAAGCCGGCGAGUCGUUCUCGUAUUCAGAACUAGUUCAAUUGAUUAUAAUUGACGAAGUUCAUUUACUGCAUGAUAGAAGAGGACCUGUAAUUGAGAAUAUUGUAGCUAGGUCAUUCAAUAGCGACGUCUACCCGAACCCCCCGAGAUUGGUAGGUCUAUCUGCCACGCUUCCAAACUAUCAGGAUGUCGCAAAAUUCUUACAUGUUCCUGAACAAGGUCUAUUUUUUUUUAAUUCGUCUUUCAGACCUUGUCCUCUCAGUCAACAAUUUUGUGGCAUUACAGAAAAGAACUCCAUAAAAAAACUUAAUGCAAUGAAUGAAGCCUGCUUUCAAAAAACUUUAGAAUCGACAAAAAAUGGUCAUCAAGUCAUAAUAUUUGUCCACUCUAGAAAGGAGACGGCCCGAACGUCUGCCUGGCUGAAAGAGAAAUUCAUUGAAUCAGGAAAUGUUGGUUUGAUACAAAUGAACGAUGCAGGCUCAAGAGAAAUUCUUUCGAGUGAAGCAGACACAGCAGGAGACAUGAACUUGAAAAAGACCAUUCAACAUGGAAUAGGUAUUCAUCAUGCAGGAUUAUCCAGGAGCGAUAGAACUCUUUCAGAAGAUUUAUUCGCGGAUGGUUUAUUGAAAAUUUUAGUAUCAACGGCAACUUUGGCUUGGGGUGUCAAUCUUCCAGCGCAUACUGUCAUAGUUAAAGGUACAGAUUUAUAUUCUCCGGAAAAAGGUCGUUGGGAACAGUUGUCUCCUCAAGAUUUGCUCCAAAUGUUAGGUCGUGCGGGUCGUCCAAGAUAUGACACUCAUGGUGAAGGUAUAAUAAUCACAAAUCAGGCAGACGUGCAAUAUUACCUUGCUGUCCUAAACCAGCAAUUAAGUAUCGAAUCCCAGUUGAUUUCAAUGAUCGUGGAUAGUUUAAACGCCGAAGUCGUAUCAGGAAAUAUCAAGUCAAGAGUAGACGCAGUGCGCUGGCUAAGUUAUACAUACUUUUAUGUGAGGGCCUUGAUAUCACCCGAACUAUAUAAAGUGACUGCUCAGGAUAAAGAUGUGACUUUAGUUUCAUUUAGAGAUUCAAUAGCACACUCAGCGUUUGUGAUACUUCAAGAGAAGAGCAUGGUAGUCUAUGAUGCAAAUACUGGUCUUAUAGAACCGACCGAGCUAGGACGUAUCGCUGCAUAUUUUUACAUCAAACAUACAUCCAUUGCAAUGUAUAAUACGCAAUUAACAAAACACACAUCACAGAUAGAUCUUUUUCGGGUCAUUUCAAUGUCUGAAGAAUUCCAAUAUUUGUCCGUAAAGCAAGAAGAAAGGAAAGAACUAAAAGAGCUCUCGGAGACAUCUCCAAUUCCAAUAAUGGAAGACAUAGAUAAUCCUCUAGCAAAAGUGAAUGUGUUGUUGCAGUCAUAUAUUUCAAGACUGAAGUUCGAAGGAUUUGCCUUGAAUGCCGAUAUGAACUUUGUAAGUCAAAAUGCUGGAAGACUUAUUAGAGCCUUGUAUGAGUUAUCUUUAAAGAAGAAGCUGUCGAAUAUAACUAAAAUACUUCUGAACAUGUGCAAAAUGAUAGAAAGAAGAAUGUGGAACGCAAAUUCACCACUGAGGCAAUUUCCAAAAUGUCCAAAGGAGGUAAUUAAGAGGAUGGAAGCCUCCACUAUCCCUUGGCCAGACUACCUCGAGCUUGAAUCGCCUGCUGAAGUUGGUCAAACAAUAAGGCUCGAAAAGUACGGAAAACUUGUAUUUGAUCUAUUACAAAGGUUUCCGAAAAUUCAAUUGAAAUGUGUUGUUCAACCUAUAACAGCAAGUUUACUUAGAUUUGAACUAGAAAUUUUACCUGAGUGGACUUGGGACCCAAAAUUGCACGGUAGGAUGGAAAGAUUUAUUGUCCUAGUAGAAGACGCAGAAGAUGGCACAAUACUCUUUAUUGAUAGUAUACCAGUGAACAUGGAAAAUAUUGGCGAGGACCACAUAAUCAAUUUUGGCCUUAACUUAUCACCUGCACAACAGAAAUGCUUACCGCCUCAUUUUUUCGUCAAUGUAAUUUCCGAGAGAUGGCUGAAUUGCGAAAGCCAAUUGGCUGUUAAAGUCGAGAGUAUUCAUCUACCCAAGAAAGCGUCAACGCCUACUCCUCUAUUAGACAUCCCUCUUACCCAUAUAUCAGAAUUGGGAAACGAAGAAUUUGCCAGCGCAUUUGACUUCACACAUUUUAACAAAUUUCAAAGCCAGGUGUUCCAAAGCGUUUACAACUCCAAUGAAAACUGUUUCAUAGCCGCUGCAAAAGGCUCUGGGAAAACAACAAUUGCGGAGUUGGCUCUCCUCAACCACUGGAGACAGAACAAAGGCCGUGCAAUAUAUAUUUCACCUUAUCAAGAAAGAGUUGAUUCUCUUUUAGAGAACUGGCAUGAACGCUUUUCAGACUUGGCUGCCGGCAAGAAUAUUGAAAAAUUAGGCACCGAUGUGACACGAAACCUAAGAGUCAUUUCUCAAAGUCAUCUCAUAUUGGCUACACCAGAACAGUUCAAUUUGGUAUCUCGCCGUUGGAGACAACGAAAAAACUUGCAAAAAUUGGAGUUGGUUAUUUAUGAUGAUGCUCAUGAAAUGAAUCGUGGCUCUUUUGGAGCAGUUUAUGAAGCUCUCAUAUCCAGAAUGGCUUUUAUUACAAAUCAGACUGAAAAUAUACAAAGAGUCAUUGGUCUGUCAUCUUGCUUGGCCAACGGUCGCGAUUUCGCCGAAUGGUUGGGAGUACAAAAAAACAAUUUCUUCAACUUUUCACCUCAUGAAAGGAUAUCACCUAUUGAAAUUCAUAUCCAAGCGUUCAAUAAUGUUAACGAUGUUUUAUACGACAAACCAAUGACAAGGCUGGCAUUCGAAUUUGCUUCCAGAAAUAGAAAGGAUAGCGCAAUUUUCUUCUUACCAACCAAAAAGUCUUGCUUCCGAAUCAGCUCUCUUUUCUUAGACCAAGCAGCAGCUUUGGGCUGGAAUAUGUUGAAGAAUGAGAAGCAUGAUAUUAUCCCGUACAUUGAAGGCUUACAGAAUAAAUCGGUCAGAAAGUCUGUCAUGGUUGGAAUUGGAAUUAUUCACGAAAGUAUGGAAGCGGAAGAUACCAGGAUUGUCGAAAGACUGUAUGAUAUGGGUGUACUAUCGAUUCUCCUCUUAACGGGCGAAUGCUGCUUCAUGAGUCCGUCAUCAAAAAUUGUUGCUGUUUUAGGGACGCAGUAUUACGAUGAAAGGAGCCAUAAUUUUGUGAAUUAUCCAGCUAACAACAUUUUAGAGAUGGUUGGUUCGGCUGGGGCCUCAACUGGGGCUUUCUUAUCUGAAGAAGCAGCGAAAGUGCUAAUUUUGACGAGUAUAAGCAUGAAAGAGUACUACAGAAAUUUCCUGACGGGGUCUCUGCCACUUGAGAGCUAUAUGUACUUUCACUUACACGAUCUUUUUUCGACAGAGAUAAGCUCAUCGGUAAUUCAAUGCAAACAAGAUUGCAUUGAUUGGUUAGCUUACACAUACUUUUACCGGCGCUUGCAUGCCAAUCCAAGUUUUUAUGGUGUGAAAGAUGUGUCGGCGUACGGUAUCUCGGCAUAUUUGACAGAGUUGGUAGAGAGCACUUUAAAUGAUUUGAAUGAUGCCUCUAUGAUUGAAAUAGAGGAGAAUGCAGAUGGUGACGAUGAAAAAGAAGAAAGUAUUUCUCCUCUGAAUGGCUGUUUAAUCAGCUCGCAUUACGAUAUCUCCUUCGUAACUAUGCAUAUAUUUUUGACUUCACUAUCUGGCAGCUCCACAUUGGAAGAGAUUCUUCAGAUCUUAUCAAGAGCAGCUGAAUUCGAAGAUCUCUCGAUUGACGAAGGAGAAAGAGCGGCUUUGUCCAAAAUUCAACAUUUUAUGCCCUUGAAGGCUUCCAAGGAGACAGUGACGAAUCUAACAUGGAACAAAGUAUUUGUACUCUUACAAGCAUAUUUCUCCAGAACUUCUAUAAAGUCCGAUUUUCAAAUGGAUUUGAGAAAAAUCCUAAGAAGAGCUGUUCCCCUGAUAAACGCUGUUGUCGAUAUUCUCUCUGGCGACGGGAGACUAAAUGCAAUGACUGCAAUGGACAUUUCGCAAAUGCUAAUUCAAGGCGUCUGGGACACAGACAGCCCGCUGAAGCAGGUACCGUACUUUGAUAACGAGAUUUUAAGCGCUUGUUCCCGAAUGAAAAUCGAGACAGUUUUCGACAUUAUGGCAUUGGAGGAUGCUGAACGGGAACAAAUUAUGACAAUGAACUCUUCUAAAUUGACCAAAGUUGCUCAUUUCAUCAAUAAUUAUCCAAAUAUUGAGCUUGAAUAUAAUCUGGAAGGCAGUGACAAUAUAGAGGCAGAUCAAGCUAAAGUAUUGUUGGUAACGCUAACAAGGGAUGAAGCUCCAGAUACUCUAGAAGUGUCGAGUUUGACUUUUCCUUUUGAUAAACUUGAAAGCUGGUGGUUAGUUUUAGGAAAAAUAUCAACGAGAGAACUGUUAGCAAUAAAAAAAGUUUCCAUUCGCCAAGAAUCACAAACUUCUGAACUAGAAUUCACGCUGCCAAAGGGAGAACAUCAGUUAACUUUGUGGUGUGUCUGUGAUUCUUAUCUUGAUGCUGAUAAGGAAGUGUCUCUUAACAUUCAUGCUGUAUAA